CAGUAGGUAGGCAGCAUUCAACAACGUUAAACGCGAAAAAUCAUAGUCCGACUUAAACAAAAAAAAAGCCCGCGCUGAGAAAAUCGACAUAAUAAGUUUACAAUUCAGUGGAAACAUAAAAUGUCUCAACAGAAAAAGUACAAUGUGUUAUGAUACAGUGUUUGUUUCAGCACAAUAUAUAUAUUCGUUCGAUCAAUAAAAUCUUAAUUAACUUUAAUAAAUGAAUAAAACUGCAAUUAACCGAAUCGUAUUCAAGCACUCGACGAUUUUCGCAUAUACAUAAAACUUGACGAGAGUGCAUUUCGAAAUCGAUAAAAGACAACCGAAAGUACAUUUUGAUAAUCAGCAAUGGAUGUGAAAAGUGUUCUGCCAAGUAUACCGGAAUGGUUUGCUGGUAAAAAUAUUUUAAUUACCGGAGCGACCGGAUUCAUGGGCAAGGUUUUGGUGGAAAAACUGUUAAGAGAUUGUCCGGAUGUGGCGCAACUGUAUCUAUUGAUUCGACCGAAAAGGGGUGUUGAACCAGCCCAGAGGAGAGAGGACUAUAUUAACCAUUUUAUUUUCGAAAAUGUCCGCAAAUCAGACGCCAAGCAAAUGCAAAAAAUUAAAACGGUGAAGGGGGACGUGUCACUCGAAUGUUUGGGAAUCGAUGCAGCCGAUCGAACACAGCUUAUUGCCAAUGUGGACGUGGUAUUUCAUUGUGCAGCUAAUGUUCGAUUCGACCAACCACUAAAGGAUGCGGUUAAUUUGAAUACACUUGGCACGAAUCGAGUAUUGAAACUGGCAGAAGAGAUGACACGGCUAAAAGUAUUCGUUCAUGUAUCGACUGCCUAUUGUCAGUGCAACGAGGAUGUAUUGGAAGAACGUGGUUAUAGUGCGCCACACAGCCCACUGGGCAUUGCAAAAAUGACACAAUUACUGGAUGAUGAGGUACUGAGCAUGAUUACACCUAAACUGCUGAAAGGUCUGCCGAAUACAUAUGCUUACACAAAAGCGCUCACUGAAGAUCUAGUCAGUAGUUAUGAUAAUCGAAUACCGAUUGUCAUUACUCGACCAUCAAUAGUUACUGCUGCUUGGAAAGAACCAUAUCCUGGUUGGGUUGAAGGCAUGAAUGGUCCGACUGGUCUUAUGAUUGGAGCUGCUCGAGGUGUCGUACGGUCGAUGCAUUGUAAUCCUGAUCUCCCAAGUGAUGUCGUACCAGUUGAUACAGCCAUAAAUGCCAUUGUUGCAGCCGCCUGGGAACGGGGAUUGAAUGAAACAAAGAAAAUUCAAUAUGUAAAUAUAACAUUGCCGCAAGAAAAGCAACUGACAUGGGGCGAAAGUGUUGAGAAAGGAAAGGAAUUUUUUUACAAAAAUCCAUUGUGCUUUUCAUUAUGGUAUCCUGCUGGCUCAAUCAAGUCCAACUAUUUUCAUCAUAUUUUCUGUGUGAUAUUUUUCCAUUACUUGCCAGCAUAUUUCAUCGAUGCACUGCUUGUUCUACUAAGGAAGAAACCAUUUUUGGUGCAAGUGCAAAAGCGUGUUUCGCAAGGAUUGAAAGUUUUGCAGUACUAUACCACACGGAACUGGGUGUUUAAAAAUGACAACAUGAUGCAACUGCAUCGUCGGAUGAAUCAACGGGAUAGAGAAAGAUUUAAUUUCAAUGUUGAUGAGAUAAAUUGGGACGAUUACAUUGGAAACUAUAUUCUUGGUGCUCGUCAUUUUCUGUUGAAGGAAAAACCGGAAACGCUUCCGUCAGCACGAAAAUUGCUGCGAAAAUUGUAUUUGUUGGAUAAAUUUGUUCAUAUCAUGUUCUAUGUGCUGAUCAUUUGGAUGUUUUAUUCAUAUUGGGACACCAUACUGUACUCAUUUGAAGCGAUGUUUGAUGUUUCGCAGAAUUACUUCAGUCAACGGGGAAAAACCGCUCGUAAUGCUCACUAAUAACGGACUUACAGUUUUUAAUUUAAAGGGAAAAGAAUUUAAAACAAAAAUGAAGAAUUAAUUAUUUAUUUCAAUUUCUUUUUCCAUAUUUUUUACUUAAUAAAUAAAUACUCGGACUAAA